CAAUUUAUUGAACUAAUCAUGUCUUGACAGCAGCCACGGGCUUGUUUUGAACCACUAAAGUUGCAUUUGUUUACUGGAAAACGCAAUGCCGUCGCAGGACGAGGCUGAGACGGUAAAUGAAGACGACUGUCCGCCUCCGGUUCCGCCGCGAGCGAAUCUUCAGCUAAAAUCACCUGAGCGCCGGGUCAGGUGUGUGCUGGUCGGGGAUGCAGCGGUGGGUAAAACGAGCCUGGUCAUCAGCUACACCACUAACGGAUAUCAGGCGGAAUACAUUCCCACCGCCUUUGACAACUUCACAGCUAGGGUUGUGGUGGAUGGAAGACCAGUUCAACUUCAACUGUGUGACAUGGCAGGACAGAGAUGGGGGGCAGCGGAUCAGCCUCUAUAUGACGAGUUUGAGCGCCUCCGUCCACUCUGUUACCGUGACGCUGACGUCUUCCUGCUCUGCUACAGUGUGGUCCUUCCAUCCUCUUUCAGGAGCGUGAUGGACCGCUGGGCCCCUGAGGUUCAUCGGCUCUGUCCGGGAGUUCCCAUCAUCCUCGUGGGCACCCAGUGUGACUUGCGGGAGGAUGUCCAGGUGCUGAUCAGACUCGCAGAUGGCCAGGAGAAACCGGUGAGCAGAGACGAGGCUUGCCUGUGCGCCCGGAGCAUCGGCGCCGUGACGUUUGCUGAAUGCUCAGCACUGACGCAGAAGAACCUGAAGGAAGUGUUCGACGGUGCCAUCUUGGCCAGCAUGCGGCACGCGGAGGAGGCGGCGUGGCCGACAAUGCACACGCUAAGAGAAAAAACUCCAGAUAAAAUCAAACAGCUCUCGGAAACAUGGUGGAGGAAACUGAGCUGCGUCCAGAGCUUUGACCUUCAGUGACAGAGAAUCCAGUUAUGCCACACUGCAGUGGAUUAGCUGAUCCUGUGAACAGACUGAAGAUCAAGACUGAAGGAGAGGGAUUUGAUGUCUGAGUUACACCUGCUGUACUCCUGUAUAGUAUGAUGUUUUGUUUACAACUUCAUUUCAACUGUUUACUUCAUUUUAUGAAGUAAAGUGUUACCAUGUUUUCAUCUCGUACAUUUAAAUUAGUUUAGAAGUAGAUUUGCAUCAGCGAAAAUUUACUUUGCCUGCGAGUCUUGUUCUGACGGCUCUGUCAAAGGUCCGUAUGGCCCAAAAGCCUUUAAUCAGCUCUGAUUCAUUUACCUCAUUGUGGUACACUUUUCCCUCGGCAAUCUGGGACUCUCAUAGCAGACGUAAUUACCGCCAUCACAGAAUGACAAUUACCUGCACAAUGACACUUACUGCAGGCUUCAGGUUCUGAGUGGAUCUGAAUGAUGACAACUGAAAUAACACGAAACCCUUUAAUAGCAGCAUUUACAGCCUCUGAUAUCUGACUCAGAGUUGCUGGCUGAUGCUGCUACAAUAAUGAGAUGCAUAUGUGCAAAUAUACUUGAACUUAAUGUUUUAACCCACAUAAAGUUAGUGAGGUUUAAACUCCUGAGCUUCUUCUCAGCGUGUCACUCUCUAUCAAGAAUAUCAAGAACUGAAAAAUUGAUAUUAAUGGACCACUAAAAUGAAUUGCAAUAUAUCUAAUGAAGUUAAAACUGUUUUACAUUUUUAUGCAUUUGGCGUCUUAUUGCAUUCAACAUUUAUCAGUUCAUGCAUUCCCUUGAAUUUAAAACCAUAACCUUGGCUUUGCUAGCACCAUGUUUUAAUAUUUCAGCUACAGAAAUGUAUAGAGUUGCAUGCAAUUAUUAAAUAUAUAAGUUAAAUUAGUGUUUUUUUCAGAAAGAAUUUAGAAA